AUGGGGUCCAGGUUUGAAACUGCAUUGAAGAAAAUCGACGAUGUCCACUCCAAGGAUCCCAAAGUGGUCACAGUCACCACCACCAACGGAGAAGAAGAGAUACCAGAUGAGCUUCACUAUGCGAACAGGAUGACGGAGUAUCUUCUCAACCAUGACCCCAAUCCCUCAGAGCUACUUCGUCUGGCUGUACGAGCCCAGCACCUGCAGCGCUGGGAGAUACCUCGCACCGACUACCCAAUGAACAGAAUGGGUUAUCUUUCCUGGAGGACAGCACAGAAGAAGCGCCAGGCAGCUCAUGCUGAAGAGAUCUGCUUGGCCUGUGGCUACUCUGCAGAAGAGGCGGGGAGAGUUGCGGCAUUAGUGAGAAAGGAAGACAUGAAACGAGAUGCAGAGUGUCAGGUUCUAGAGGACGUUGCGUGUCUGGUAUUUCUGGCGGACCAGUUUGAGAAGUUCGAGCAGGAGCACGGCGAGGAUCGGGAGAAGAUAGUGAACAUCCUGAGGAAGACCUGGACGAAGAUGUCUGAAAGGGGUCAUGAGCUGGCUCUACAGAUUACGAUGUCGGAGCAGGCGAAGGGGCUGGUUGCGGAAGCCCUUGCGUCUUAG